CAUACUGAAAGUAGUCGCAUAUGAUCUCUCGUUGUGCGAAUAAUGAUUUGAAUAAUUAUGAAAUUUAUUUUAUCGUAUGAAACAUUUAAUUAAUAUUCUCGUUCAAAGAUAUGUACAGUAUAAUUGAUAAUUAUAUUUUAUUAAAUAUGGUCUUGGCAUAUACUCCGUUGGAUUUUUUUAUACUACACAUAGAGCUAUGUAUUCAGUAAUAUAUUCUACGUAACAUAUUUAAUUAAUUACAUUUAUAUAAAUUCUGAUAGCAUAAAACAAUUUGUAUCUGCAUAUGCGCAAUAUAUUUUGGUUUGUUAUCGAAUAAUGAACUCAGGAAACGCACUGUGAAGUCAGCGGCCAUGUUAACUUUUGUAACAAAUACAGAUGGAGCAUCAAAAAAAAGUGUUGCAACAGUUUACCUAUGUUCCUUACUAUUUGAUUCAUCUGGACUGGUGCAGUUGUAAAUUAAACGAUACAUAUCUGUAUAAAUGUUGCGAAAAGUUGAAAAAUUUGAUAUAACUGCUGCGUUUAUCGUGUUGAUUGAGAAAUAUUUUAUGUGUUUUAAUUGUUAAGAAUUUUUAAGAGCUGUGAACAUGUUAAACCAGGCUGUAGUUGAAGCUUUAUAUUCUGCAACAUACAUUGAAAAUUAUUUAGACUGUGUGGAGAAUUUACCAAAUGAUUUACAGAGACAUGUUUCCCGGCUCCGAGAACUCGAUGCUACUUGUCAAACUUACUUACGAGAAGUAGAUCAACAGCAAGAAGCGUUAAGAAAUGACACGGAUUUGGCAGUCAAGCGGAGAGCACUUUUGAGAGUUCAGCAAGCAUUGAUUGCCGCACAAGAAAUAGGAGAUGAGAAGUUACAGAUUGUUCAACAAGUUCAAGAUCUUAUAGAAAAUAAAUCUAGGCAGUUAGAUUUGGAUUAUCGUAAUCUUGAUUUUGGAAAAGAACAAGAGACUAAUGAAUCAGCCCGUGAGACAAAUGCAAAUGUUAACUCAAAUGCUUCUGGUAAUGCAAACAACUCUGAAAGACAGCCAAAAAGAGCUAGAAGAACUAGGACAGAAACAAUGGUUGAAUCUAAUGCUAUGGAUAUGAUUGUAAUGACUGAAACACGUUCUAACUCUUUAUCAAAUGCAAGUAAUGGUAAUCAAAAGAAAACCACUACUGCUAACACUGGUAAGAAAAAGAAAAGGAAAUCAAGGCAAGGAAGUCAACAGAAUCAGCAUCGUGAAGAUACUCCACCACCACCAGAAGAUGAUCUUGCAAUAGAUCCAGAUGAACCUACAUAUUGUCUAUGUGACCAGAUAUCAUAUGGAGAAAUGAUAUUGUGUGACAAUGAUUUAUGUCCUAUUGAAUGGUUCCAUUUUUCAUGUGUUUCAUUAAGUACUAAACCAAAAGGAAAAUGGUUUUGCCCAAAAUGUAGAGGAGAUCGUCCGAAUGUUAUGAAACCUAAAGCACAGUUUUUGAAAGAGCUAGAAAGAUAUAACAAAGAGAAAGAGGAAAAAUCGUAGCAGGAGAAAACUGGUGAGCAAUUUAAACACUUUGGAAGACUUACUUAAAACUAAAGGGAACUUUUAAAAUAUAAUUUGUUAAUUUUAAGUACAAUUUUUAAGUCCCACCAAGUAGAUUGUUUCAUUUUAAACGACCGGUGAAAAGAAUUGUAAUUUUACGAAAGAUUGGGUAAAAUUAUUCUGUUAUUACGUUUUGUUGUAUAAAGGCGCGUGUGAAUUAUUAUGUAAGCAACUACGAUAGUAGUGAACAAAUUAUAUUUGUAUAAUAUUCUUAAUUGUAAAUACUGUGAAAAUAUUAAAUAACUAGAGUAAAAACGAAUAUCUUCGCUGAAAUUACAUAUGUUUUAAAAUUAUUUUGUAUUUAUUUGAAAUUUAAAAUUUCUACAAAAUUUGAUUUCUACAUAUUUCGAACAGUAUCAUACAAACAUCACGUAUCAGUAUAGUAAUACAAUUUCAUACAUAAAACAUAAUAGAGCAGUAUUAAAUAAAAAAGAAUAAUUUUUUAUAGUUUAAUUUUGUUAAGAGUAAAAUAGUUUAAUGUCAAUAAUAUUCAUAAAAUAUAAUUUUAUUAUUUGCGAAAUGUAUAGUUACAUGUACAGGAAACAUGAUUUAAAUUUCCUACAAUUAUGGUGAAUUUUGUAUAAAAUAUACAUGUUUAAGUGAAGAUUAUCGAAUCUCUAAAUAGCAAUCGCAUGUAGACUCGUUUUAUGUAUUUUCUUUACUUAUGAAAAUUUUAUUUGUACAUACGAGUGCUAUGUGUUUAAACACAUAGAAACUAUAAACUAUAAUUUUUCGUAGUCAAACAUGAAUAACAAAAUAUUGUUUUAUAAAAAACAGUUCGUAUCUUUAGCAUAAUUAUAAAAAAGCUUUUUUAUGAUUGUUGUUCAUAAGAAAUAAAUUUGACAUUUACUAUAAAUUUACUAAUUUUUUAUUAUGACAAUUCUUUUAAUAUUUGCACCUCUCCUUCUCAAUUGACAAUUUCCAAGGAAAGGAUAUUAAUAUAAAAUAUGUUAUUAUAGAUAAUGUUCUUUCAACUUUAUUAGGAAAUUACAAAUAAUCAAUAUUUAUAUUCUUCCACUUGGUUACCAGUUUAACUAUGUACUAUGUUAUUUAUACAUUGAUACAUUUACUUUCUGCAUUAAAUCAGACUAAGUUCUUGCUUAUUACUUCCUGAUGAUGAAUUAGUAAACCUUGAGUUUAUCAAUUUUUUAAUUACUUUUUUAUGAAGAUCCUUAUAUUCGAGUAUAGCUGUUAGUUACAAUGCAAAUCAAUAUUAACAAAACAAUAUUUAUAUGCAUAUAUUUUUAAUAUUUGAAUUUGGCUGUGUAUGGGCGCCUAAAAUCUAAUUAUAGUGAGCAAAAUCAUACGCGUCUCAUUUGUGUUCACGGAUAAAAAUCACGCAACGCUCUGUAUGACCACAUCACUCCAGUGCUCUACAUUUUCGUGUAUUUAAAAGAUAUUCUAUUGAAAAAAAAACAUCUUGUUAAUUUAUAAAACUAAACAUAAAAUGAAAAUUUUGUAGAACAGUGGAGGAUUUAAUAUAUUGUUUUUGUAAAUACAGGGAAAAAGCACUUCAGGCCAUGAACUGCUAAAAACAAUGUAGAAAACAAUAUCAAAUAAACUGAAAAAAA